AUGGCCUCGGAAGUGCCGCCCCCAAUGGACACGCCAGCGCAUGAGGCUGCACUCAUUGCGCAUCAAGAUGCCGUUGGCGAUGCGGCACAGAAGCCCGUCAAGCGGUCGUGGAGACGCAAGUACCGCAAGAUGCGCAUCAAGUUCGACGAGGCCAUGACCGAUAGCGACAACCUCAUCAAGCAGGAGUGGAAGGCCAUGGGCACUGCACGCCGCCUGCAGGAGAACAACGACCAGCUACUUGACAUUUUGCUGGAGCUCAACGAGCAGUCACGCGUCAACCUCCGUCUGCGUUAUGACCUGCGCCAGCUGUCUGCUGCUGAUACAGCUGUGCCAUCUCUGGAGCCAGUACCUGACCCGGACCUGAUCAAGCAGCAGCUCCAGGCGCUGAGGGAUGACGUUGCGAGCGGAAGGAUCACAGCCGACGAGUACACGAUACGGGCGGACCAACUCCACAGCUCGCAGGCCAUACAGCAGACGCUCAAGUCCCUUGCCAGUCUCGAAGCAAAGGUGCCGCACACGACGCGCGCCGACCUGCCCGACCGCCCCAUUCCAGGCCUGGACCUGAGCGAGCAUGCGCCGGGUUACAUGUCGCCCACGCACGAGGAAGAGUAUCUCCUAGCCAUGGACCAGAUGCUCGAUCAGCCCGGCUUCGACCAGUCUCUCCAACAAGGCCGCCCUGUCCGCCUCGCCUCUGCCCAACCGCCCCUCAGCGAAAAGGACCUCACUGUGCGCAACCCCGACAGCGUCUACAACUGGCUGCGUAAGCACCAGCCACAAGUCUUCCUACAGGACAAGGACACGGCACACCACGAAAACAUCUCGGACAAGUCGGCCGCACCCAAGACGAGCAAGGCAAAUGCGAACAAGGCCAAGCGCGAGUCUGCCGUUGGAGGUGGCACGCCCGCCCCACGCGACCACGACGACGAUGACUCGGCUGCUCAUGAGACGGGCAAAGGACGGCGGAAGACGGGUGGUGGCGACGACGACACAGCCUACCGACCCAAAGGCGGAAGUUCUCGACCCACAAAGCGCAAGCGCGAAGAGGGCGACACACCCACGGCCAAGGGCAGCAGGAAGAAGAAUCGUCCAAGCACCGUGCAGGCUAGUUGA